AUGCGUCGCGUUCUGCAGUCUUCACUCUGCCGCUGCACCGGUACGUGCGGGUGGACAGCGGCCGCCGCCAUGACGUCGACGAGCCGCGCUUUCAUGGAUCUGUACAACCCGACACCGGAGCAUGCGGCCUUGCGUGAGACGGUGGCCAAGUUUUCUCGGGAGGUGGUCGACAAGCACGCCAGGGAGGACGACAUCAACAGCCAUUUCAACCGCGAACUCUUCAAACAGCUCGGCGAUCUGGGCGUGAUGGGUGUGACGGUUCCCGAGGCGGACGGCGGUGCCGGCAUGGACGCUGUGGCGGCCGUGAUCGUCCACCACGAACUCUCCAAGUACGACCCCGGGUUCUGCCUUGCCUACCUCGCCCACGCCAUGCUCUUUGUGAACAACUUCUACUACAGCGCGUCACCGGCGCAGCGGGCUCGGUGGCUGCCCAAGGUGCUCACGGGCGAGCAUGUUGGCGCCAUGGGCAUGUCAGAGCCGGGCGCUGGCACCGAUGUCUUGGGGAUGCAGACCACCGCCAAGAAGGACAGCUUUGGGAACUACGUGUUAAACGGCAGCAAGAUUUGGAUCACGAACGGCACUGUGGCCGACGUGUAUCUCAUCUACGCCAAGGUGAACGGCAAGAUCACGGCUUUCGUGGUGGAGCGCGGCAUGAAGGGCUUCACGCAGGGCCCGAAGAUUGACAAAUGCGGCAUGCGCGCCUCGCACAUGUGUCAGCUCUUCUUUGAGGACGUCGUUGUUCCGGCGGAGAAUUUGCUCGGUGGGGAUGGAAAGGGUAUGGUGGGCAUGAUGCGCAAUCUAGAGCUGGAGCGCGUCACCUUGGCUGGUAUGGCGGUCGGCAUCGCGGAGCGCUCUGUCGAGCUCAUGACGUCGUAUGCUUCGCAGCGGAAAGCGUUUGGUCAUCCCAUCUCUAAUUUCGGUCAGAUCCAGCGCUACAUCGCGGAGGGCUACGCGGACACCGAGGCAGCGAAGGCACUUGUGUACUCGGUCAGUCACAAUGUCCACCCAGACAACCAGAACCGUCUGGGCAGCGACGCUGCCAAGCUGUUUGCCACGCCGAUUGCCAAGAAGGUGGCGGACUCGGCGAUCCAGGUGAUGGGUGGCAUGGGGUACACGCAAGAUAUGCCGGUCGAGAGACUGUGGCGCGACGCGAAACUGCUGGAGAUCGGUGGCGGUACCAUUGAGGCGCACCACAAGAACAUCGCCAAGGAUCUUCUCAAAGGACUGAAGUAG